UUGUUCAGACAGGAACCAUACUUUCGCUAACAUUCCAUUGGUACUGCUAUUAUACUACUAGUAAUAAUUUACAAUAAAUCAACAAAUAAAGAAGAUAGGAACUAGCAGCAGAUUAAUUCUUCAGCAUAAAUCAAGCAAAAAAUGGAGCUUUGAAACACUUCAAGAUUGCAACUUUUUGCUUCAAUGGAGUGUUUUCUCCCAACCCCUUUUUCAUUUUCUUCUUCUUUUUCCUCACAAAGCUGGUUUUUUCCAUUUCUAGUACUAAAAAGUAGUAGUAAACUUGGUUUCAACAGAAAAUUAUGUAGCUUUAACAGAAAUGGAAGCAGGUGCAUGAGUAUGAGUGGUGAAAUGGAAAACUCUGUUUUAUCUUACAAGAAGUUGAUUCACUUUGCUUUAGAAGAAACCAGCUCACAUACCCAUUUGGUCCCUGCUCCAUUACAGGAGAAAUACAGCUCUUUAUUGGCCAUGGAUGACGAAACGGAGCUACAGAUGCUGUCUUUUGAAGCCCCUAAAAUUCGACUUCUUCGCAGUUUGUGUAUUGAAGGGAGCGAUGGCAUGCAGGUAUUGGAUUUUGCUGCAUUCCCAAAACCGGAAUUUGAUCUCCCUAUCUUCUGUGCGAACUUUUUCACUGCAGCUAAGAUGAACAUAAUUGUACUGGACCUCAAUCCAUUGCAUGAUGUCAUGGAUCAAGAAGAUUACAAAGAGAAGUACUAUAAAGACUUGAUUCCUCUAGGCCUCAAGUAUUCUGAGCUUUUACCCUGGGGAGGGAAGCUCACCAGUGAGUCACUGAAAUUCUUUUCGCCAAUAGUCAUAUGGACGAGAUUCUCAUCUAGCCCAUACAACCAUUCAGUUCUGUUUUCUGCAUUCAAGGAUUAUUACAAGGCAUGGCUUGAGCUAACAGACAAAUCAGAAGAGGAAACUGAUGCUUCUCAAGUUGCUCGCAAUCGUGAAGCUCAGCACAGAUACUUGACAUGGAGAUCUGAAAAAGAUCCAGGUCAUGGGGUUUUGAAAAGACUGGUAGGGGAAGCUCUUGCCAAGGAUGUGAUUAGUGAAUUCCUAUUCAGUGGUGUUAACAAACUUGGUAGCAAAACAUUUCUUGAUUACUUUCCAGAGUACAGAUGUGAAGAUGGUAGAGUAAACGAAAAGCGAAGCAUGAUUGGAAAAUCAUUCGAAAGUCGACCAUGGAAUGCAAGAGGAGAAUUCAUAGGUAAUAAAGUUAGCUAGUCUAAUGUAAUUUUUACAAUUUUUUUUUUUUUUUACCUAUUCACCAAUUCUUGUCUAUUGGAAACAGUCUCUUUGCCUUGGGUUUAUUGUUGUUGUAGCUAGUCAUCAAUUCCAAUUCGCUUGGGAUUGAGUCGUAAUUGUUGUAGUAGUAGUAGUAGUAGUCGCCGCCAUCGUCUCUGUCAAUGUAUCUUGACUGGGAUGCAAGAGGAGGAGAUCCAUAGGUGAUAGGAUUGGAUCAUCUGUUGUAAGCUCUCUUCAUUUUUCUUUAUUCAGUGUCUUUCAAUGUAAAAGUGUCAUUUCCCUCUAAUUUAUAUGUUUCCUUAGGUUGGAAUCUUUGUAACUGACGGAAGAAAUAGACUCUAGAUAGGAUUUUCAAUUGUAAAUUUCAUUCCUUGUGUCUAUUUUCUGUACAGCAGCAUGUUGCUAUUUAUGCAAGUA